AUGUCGAUCGAAAUUGAAUCUGCAGACGUAAUCCGUCUCAUACAGCAGUAUUUGAAGGAAUCGAACCUCCACAAAACACUGCAAACGCUGCAGGAAGAAACCGGCGUCUCGCUCAACACCGUCGAUAGUGUGGAAGGAUUCGUGUCGGACAUACACAAUGGCCACUGGGACACGGUGCUGAAGGCUAUUCAGUCGCUCAAACUGCCCGAUAAGAAGUUGAUAGACCUGUACGAACAAAUCGUACUCGAGCUGAUCGAGCUCCGGGAGUUGGGCGCUGCGCGGUCACUGUUACGCCAGACCGAUCCCAUGAUAAUGCUCAAACAGCAGGAGGCAGAACGGUACAUACAUCUAGAGAAUAUGCUGCAGCGUGCGUAUUUCGAUCCGCGUGAGGCAUACCCGGAGGGCUCCAGCAAGGAAAAGCGACGCGCUGCGAUAGCAACGGCAUUGGCAGGUGAAGUAUCGGUCGUACCGUCAUCGAGAUUGCUGGCGCUUCUGGGACAGGCGCUGAAAUGGCAGCAACAUCAGGGGCUCCUUCCACCCGGAACCACUAUCGAUUUGUUCCGCGGUAAGGCAGCCAUUCGUGACCAGGAAGAUGAGUCGUACCCCACGCAAAUUGCCCGACAGAUCAAGUUCGGACAGAAAUCGCACGUGGAAUGUGCCAUGUUCUCGCCGGACGGACAGUACCUGGUGACCGGUAGUGUGGAUGGGUUCAUCGAGGUGUGGAACUUUACGACCGGCAAGAUACGUAAGGAUCUGAAGUACCAGGCGCAAGAUAAUUUCAUGAUGAUGGAACAGGCGAUUAUGUCGAUGGCGUUUUCGCGUGAUUCGGAGAUGCUGGCGACCGGUUCUAGCGAUGGCCAGAUAAAGGUGUGGAAGUUGAUCACUGGACAGUGUCUGCGGCGGUUCGAAAAGGCACACUCGAAAGGCGUAACGUGUUUGCACUUUUCCCGUGACAAUAGUCAAAUUUUGACCGCAUCAUUCGACCACCUAAUACGGUUAUACGGUUUGAAGUCUGGCAAAAUGCUGAAAGAGUUCCGCGGCCACUCGUCGUUCGUAAAUGAGGCAUCAUUCUCCCCGGACGGUCACCACGUACUGAGCGCGUCGUCGGACGGAAGCGUGAAAGUUUGGUCCCUCAAAACGACCGAGUGUAUCUCGACGUUCAAGGCCCUCGGUAGUCACCUGGCCGUAAACUCGGUGCUCAUUCUGCCGAAGAAUCCGGAGCACUUUGUCGUGUGCAACCACUCCAAUACGGUGGUCAUCAUGAACAUGCAGGGGCAGAUCGUACGAUCGUUCUCGUCCGGUAAGCGAGAGGGUGGUGCCUUCAACUGUGCCACGAUAUCUCCCCGGGGAGAGUUUAUCUACUGCGUCGGCGAAGAUCUGGUGUUGUACUGUUUUUCCGUAACGUCUGGCAAACUGGAACGUACACUGAACGUACACGAAAAGGCCGUCAUCGGAUUAACGCACCAUCCGCACCAAAAUCUGCUGGCAUCGUACGCAUCCGAUGGGUUGCUGAAAAUGUGGAAACCGUAACUUCCUGGCAACUGUGGCGACA